GGAUCGGGCAGUGACCCGACUCCAUUGGUAAACAAACCUUGCACGGCUCUCUCUCUCUCAGAGAAGAGGGAGGAGCAUCAUCCUUCACUCUCCGCACCACACCACACCACACCACACGGUGAUUCCUGUGUUCAUCUUCUUCCUCAACACUACCUCGCUCGCUUCACAUCUUUCAAUCUCAUCUCUCCGAUUCUCUCACCCAAAUCCCAUCAAAGCUUGGAGUCUCUACUCUUCCAUUUCCACACACACACACAGGAUUGGAUUGCAUUGGGACUUUCCUGGAUCUAGCUAGUGAAGUGUCAAUUCCUUGAAGAUCCUUGGCCUCCUGAUUUUCAGGAACUGAUGGCGAAGAAAGUCAGAAAGAAGACCCGAGGUUCUGGUAAGGAGAAUGGGGUUGCUACCCCUUCGCCAAAAAAAGUUGUGGAAGUGUCCAAGCCUGUUGAGUCUGUUGAUGAGGUGGUUUCGGUUCCAAAAGAGACGAUUUCUUGCCCUCAUCUUGUAAAAGGUGUUAAUUUAACUAGAUUGACUGAGAAGAUUGGGUCUUCUGGAUCCAUAAGGUGUGAAGAUUGUAGGGAAAGCGCGGCUGAUAGGAGGGGCGGUAAAGGAAAAGGCAAACAUGGGAAAAAGAAAGGUGGUGCGUCAGUAGAUUCGAAAUCCGAGUCAAAGUCUAUAUGGGUUUGUUUGGAGUGUGGUCAAUAUACAUGUGGAGGUUUGGGGCUACCAGUAAUCCCAAAAUGCCAUGUGGUUGGGCAUUCGAGGAAAAAUAGGCACCCCUUAGUGGUUCAUUCUGAUAAACCUCAACUCUGUUGGUGUUUUCCGUGCGAUAUGCUUAUUCAGGUUGAUAAAAUUGAUAAAACGGAUGAAACAAGUAAUCUUCUAUCUGAUGUUGUAAAAUUGUUGAAAGGGCGAUCAUCUGAAAAAUCAUCAGUGGAUGUUGAGGAUGCUUCCUUUAAGGACGACAGUCUUACUUCAGAAAUUAAGUCAGGAAUUCUUGUCACAAGCGAUUCACAAGGACAAGGUGGUUAUGUAGUUAGAGGUAUGGCUAAUCUUGGGAACACCUGCUUUUUCAAUUCAGUCAUGCAAAAUCUGCUUGCUAUGAAUAGAUUGCGUGACAUCUAUAUAAAGUUAGAUGCUCCUGCUGGGCCACUGAUUAGUUCUUUGAAGAAGCUGUUCACUGAAACAAACCCAGAAUCAGGAUUGAAGAACAUUAUAAAUCCUAGAUCCUUUUUUGGAUGUGUAUGUACUAAGUCUCCGCAAUUCCGAGGAUAUCAGCAGCAUGACAGUCAUGAAUUGCUCCGUUGUUUACUGGAUGGGUUGAGUACUGAAGAACUAGCUGGAAGGAAACAGAAUGGUUCUCUCAAGAGAGAUGGGACCUCUUCCAGUACUUUAGUUGAUGCUUUAUUUGGGGGUCAGAUAUCCAGUACUGUAUGUUGCAUUGAAUGUGGGCAUUUCUCAACAGUGUAUGAGCCUUUUUUAGAUCUUUCCCUCCCUGUUCCAACUAGGAAACCUCCACCUCGGAAGGCUAAACCCGUAACUCAAACCAAAAAAGCAAAGCUUCCACCAAAAAAAGGCGGAAAAGCUCGAGUCAAAGUUCUCAAGGAAGCUGAUCCCUUACCUGUUCAAAGUCCAUCAAACACAUCAACCAACCAUCAACCAUCCUGCCCUGAUCAGUCCACUAUAUCAGCUGCAGGAGAAAUGGUGGCUUCUUCUAGUGAUUCUACAGCAUUAGUUUCUGAAGAAAUAAACAGUGGGGGUAAUAAAGAGGACUUGUCUUUGCCUAAUUCGGUUACUGUUGAAGAGCCUAAACAGAUACAGGUGGUUGACAAUGGGGCAAAGGAAAUGUCAGCUUCAUCAGAUGAUUUUGCAUGGUUGGAUUUUGUGGACGCUCAAACCGAUGAACGUGCUUCCAUUUCCCAGAAUGAGGAUGCACCAGAGGUACAGGAUACUGAGAGCAAGGAUGAAUGUUCAAAUGAAUUUCCUAAACAGGCUAGCUGUGAAACUAGUGGUCCUGUUUAUUCUGUUGAUGAGGAUCAAAAUGUAAGACCAGAUUCUUCUUCAGCAAAUGGGUGGGAAGAUGAGGCUCCAUUACAAGUUCAAGGUUCAGAAGUGCUGUUACUUCCGUACAAAGAAGAAAGUUCCUCGGCUGGUGAGAUCAUUGGAAGAGAUGGCGAGGCCUCAUCAGCAGUUUUGGAUGGUGGUCAAGAAGAUUUGGAGUUUGAUGCCUUUGGUGGGUUAUUCAAUGAACCUGAAGUUGUUGCUGGGCCUGCUCCUAGACCUUCUUCAAGUAGUGACAUGGAUGUUAGUUUCAUCGGAAACAGUGAGUCUGAUCCAGAUGAAGUAGAUGACGCUGAUUCUCCAGUGUCUGUAGAGAGUUGCUUGGCACAUUUUAUAAAACCUGAACUUCUCACAGAUGAAAAUGCUUGGCAUUGUGAGAACUGUUCAAAAAUUCUCCAACGUCAAAAGUUGGAAGCAAGAACUGUAUCCGAUGGAAAUGAGACUAGUAAUCAGGAUGAACCAUGUCAUGCAUCUAACUCUUGUUCUGUUCAAGUCAGAAGCACUGGAAAUGGUGAUAUUAAAAACGACAAGAACAUAGAAAAUUUGGACUCUCAUGUUAAACAUGGAGGAGAGGUUGAAAAUGGUCAAACAGGUGAGCUGAGUUUAAUUGUUAAUGAAAAGGAUCGCGUGGCAUUUAAGGUGGAGAAUGCUUGCAAUGAAGAAAGGUUCAACCAUUCAGCUGCUGAUAACAAUGACUCAAAAGAAUGCAGCGAGAAAGAAACCAACUCCAAAAGUGUGAAAGUGAAGAGGGAUGCAACUAAGAGAGUCCUCAUAUAUAAAGCACCACCUGUCUUGACCAUUCAUCUGAAGAGAUUCAGCCAAGAUGCCCGUGGACGCUUAAGUAAAUUAAAUGGUCAUGUCAUUUUCAGAGAAACAAUAGAUCUUAGAUCAUACAUGGACCCCAGGUGCAUCAAUGAAGAGAAGUAUGAAUACCACUUGGUUGGUGUUGUGGAGCACUCAGGAACUAUGAGAGGGGGUCACUAUGUUGCCUAUGUGAGAGGGGGGCAAAGGAACAAAGGAAAUGCUGAUAAGGAGAAUGAGAGGUCCACAUGGUAUCACGCGAGUGAUGCAUAUGUGCGUCAAGUUUCUCUUGAUGAAGUUCUUCGCUGUGAGGCAUACAUUUUAUUCUAUGAAAAAAAUUAAGUGUACCCAUUUUCUUUCUAUUUUUUGAUAUUUGAGGUAGAGAUAGAGCCUUACCAAAUUUAGAGGAGACACCAUUGCAGGUGAGUGUAAAAGCAAUUGCCGCAUACUGUAUACCAUUUUUUUCAACAUGCUAUGAGGUCUUGAAUGUACAAUGCGAUAUCAUACAAUCAAAAGUCAAUUUUUCCCCUUACCA